GCCCUCGCGCGCACACACUGCAGACAUCAUGUCUUCUAACGGCGCGGACGGGGACCUGCUGCAGAUCCCGCUGGGUCUCAUCAACAGCGCGGGGAAGUACCUGACGGCGGAGACGUUCGGCUUCAAGAUCAACGCGUCCGCGGGCAGCCUGAAGAAGAAGCAGACGUGGACCCUGGAGCAGACCGGGGAGGACGGCAGCGCUGUGUUCCUCCUCUCCCACCUGGGCCGCUACCUCGCCGCGGACAAAGAUGGCAACGUGACCGCGGACAGCGAGACGCGGCGCGCGGACUGUCGCUUCGUCAUCACGGCGCACGAGGACGGCCGGUGGUCGCUGCAGUCCGAGGCGCACGGCCGGUACCUGGGCGGCAGCGAGGACCGGAUCACCUGCUUCGCUCAGAGCGCCUCCCCGGCCGAGAGAUGGAGCGUGCACCUGGCCGUGCACCCGCAGGUCGUCCUCUACAGCUUCGCACGGAAGCGCUUCGCCCACCUGAGCGCGCGUGGUGACCGGCAGGAGGUGUGCGCGGACCGGGACGCCCCGUGGGGAGUGGACUCCCUCAUAACGCUGGUGUACCGCGACCAGCGGUACCACCUGGAGACGUGCGACAACCGCUUCCUGCGCAACGACGGCAGCCUGCGCGCCACCACCGACCAGGACACCGGCUACAUGCUGGAGUUCCGCUCGGGGAAAGUGGCGUUCCGCGACUGCACCGGGCGCUACCUGGCGCCCUCGGGCCCCUCGGGGGCCAUGAAGUCCGGCAAGAGCGCGCGCGUGGGUAAGGACGAGCUCUUCGGGCUGGAGCGCAGCCAGGCGCAGGUCGUGGUCACUGCGGGCAACGACAGAAACGUGUCCACGCGACAAGGCAUGGACCUAUCAGCCAAUCAGGAUGAGGAAGGCGACCAGGAGGUCUUCCAGUUGGAGAUGAGCCGUGAAGACAGGAAGUGGGCCUUUAAAACUGCUGCUGGAAAAUACUGGACCCUCACAGCCUCUGGAGGACUGCAGUGCAGCGCCUCUACCAAGUCUGCCAACACUUUCUUUGACCUGGAGUGGCGUGAUGGCCGCGUGUGUGUGCGUGCAGCUAAUGGCAAGUAUGUGACAGCUAAGAAGAAUGGGCAGCUCGCUGCUGCUGUCGACAGCGCAGGAGAGGCUGAGCAGUUCCUGAUGAAGCUGAUCAACCGUCCAAUCAUUGUUCUCCAUGGAGAGCACGGUUUCAUUGGGUUGCGUAAACCGGGAACAGCGACUCUGGAUUCCAACCGAGCGUCCUAUGAUGUUUUCCAGCUGGAGUUCCACAACGGCGCCUACUCCCUCAAAGACUUUCAGGGGAAGUACUGGUGCGUUGGAGACGACACUGCGGUGGUGUGCGGCAGCGGCGCGCCUGUGCAGUUCCUGUUCGAGUUCUGUGACCUCAAUAAGAUGGCAAUUCGUGCCCCCGGAGGGAAGUACCUGAAAGGAGACCACGCUGGGGGGCUGAAGGCCAGCGCUGACACUGUGGAGAGUGCCACCCUGUGGGAGUACUGAGGAAGCACAGGUGCACUUCCCCACAAUGCGACACAAUGCUUCAAACUGUUGGUUGAAACUGUAGGUAGCUGCUUUUUUUGCAUAUGUGUGUGUAAAUGUGAAAUUGAAGUGUGGAGGAUCCUGCAGCUGAUAAACUGGAAGUUUUUGCACCAAAGCACACCACAUGUGUUUUUUCUCUUUGUAUUUGUCGUCAUGUUCGAGAUUUCCAGUGACAUCAUGUUGUGAUUUGAUAAGAGAAAGAAUGAAAGAAAGAAUGUUGUGCCUGAUAUAUUUCAGGAAUAUUGCUAUGAUAACUGUAUUUGUGCUUACUUGUGAUAAUUACUGAUGCAACUCUAAUAACCUGCGAGUUACAGGUGUGUUCUCAAACUGAUGACCUGGGGGCCAGAUG